CACGCCGGUGACGUCAGGGCAGUCCGUCCAAUGUAAGCGUCGGAAUCUCAGUAAUAACCCUACGUGCGUGUCGUACGGCGAGGCGUGCUUCUCGUAUUCGGUCGUAGAAACGUGAAAGUGGUAGAAUAUCUCGUUCCGUGAAAGAUGUAUACCGACAGUACAAUGCUGAUCGAAAUAAUCGUCCGAUAACCUUUUCAUUCAUAAACAAACACGCAUCAUUUACGAGGCAAAUGUAUUCGAUGAGCUUGCGUGUUAAGAAAAAGUCAGAUUGUACGCGAACCGCCGCCGUACCUGGCAGUCCACGCGGCCCGGCCCCAAAACACUUUCGCCUCGCUAUAUACACGCGAAAUCGCAUCGUGUUUCAUUCACAACGCGAGCGCCACUGGCAAUGUCGGGAAGUGACAGCCCAACAUUCUUUCACGGCCAGCCCUGGUCCAGCUGGAUCGAAAGAAUCGGACGAGACAAGCCGUUGAGCGAUGAAGAAACAGAAGCUCAACUUUCCACCUCAGUUACACGGCUUUCAGCAGAAGAUAUUGAUUUAUACGGAUUUUGUCCUGAGAGGGAUUCCUUUUACACGGUAGUAUGUGAAACGUGCCAUGCCAUAGUCAAACCACAAGCUCUCAUUCAGCAUAUGGAAAGCCGUCAUCCUUCUGGUACGGUUGCUUUUCCACCUCCCACAACUCCAGUCGUGAAGCCUCCCGCGAAAACACCUUAUUGUAAAGUGUCGAAGUUGAAAAAGGCACAGCCGUCGCCGCAGAUCACCGCCGGUAGCAAAAUCAAUCACACGACUGUGAAACGUAACGCGGAGCAGCCAGGCAUCUCAACGAGUUUGUCCUCGUCAUCGAUACCGAUCUCCUCGUCGCCUCGAUCGCCUCUCGAGUCUCUCCCGGUUCAGACGUCGAACUCCAGCGUAUCGGUGGUCGCCUCUAGCCCGGUGAAGAGUCCGGGCACCGCGUGUCAGCCUCGUCGAAAGAGGUUGAAAACCGAUCGGUCCUUGCUCAAGGACCGCGAGUACGAUCCCGAUCGGCAUUGCGGCGUGUGGAACGACGAGACCGGGAAACCUUGCACCAGGUCGCUCACCUGCAAAGCGCACACGGUCUCGCUGCGACGGACGGUCAUCGGUCGGAGCAAAACCUUCGACAAGCUCCUCGCGGAACAUCGCGCCUCGAAGGAGGUGUCAAAUCGGCCGACGAAGUUGACCGUGACCGGUACAGUCACCUUAUCCUCGACAACGUCCAGCCUGAAUCCCUUGACACCCACUACUCCCACGUUGACCGUCGAAACGGAAGCACCCAGUUCUCCACCCGUUUUAUCGCUGCCAGACACGUAUCCACUGCCAAAGGCUGUUGAUUUGCUUUAUCGGUGUCUGGCCCCGCAUGGCUCCGCUAAACCUACCAAACUCGAAGAGGAUUUCGCGAACGAAGAGUUGAGGAGUUUGGAGUCCUCGCUGGUGAACUCGACCGGUUCGUCGCAGUCGAGCUCGAUGAUGGCGCCGAUAUCGGUGGUGCUGCCUUCCCUCUCACCGUUGCCAGCUAACAGCGAGGAAGCAUCGUCGGUGGCGACCUUGAUACCGAGUACAGCCUCGCCAGCGAUACCGGUACCAGCAACACUGCCAGCCACUUGCACACAGCCAUCGUUGGUCACCACGGUACUCGAGGGUGAAACGCCGAUCGACAUCGAUCCCGAAUCAGCGAUGACCAUCUAUUCGCCGGUUUACAAGGACAAGUCACAGUUGAUGGUGCAGUUGCCGCGUUUGAACAAUAUCGCGCAUUCCCCUAUAUCGAGGAGUUGCCAACAGGUACCGGCGUCCAUGCCGAGUCUCAUCUUCGAGCCUAUGGAACAGUUGGAGCAGCUGGAACAAUUGGAGCAACAGCACGCGACACAGAUCAACGGAAAGAGACUGAACCACACGAGCAAUUCGAGUCUGGUAAAUCAGAGACAGUCGAAGAGAAGCAAACACGACUAUCAGCAAGAGUUGUCGACGGCUAUCCAAGUGGAAGCUACCACAACAUCGUCGCCGUAUCCUCAUUUCGGCGACAUAUCUUGGUCGAACUGUCACCCGGAGCCACUGGCCGUAAGUCGGUGGCUUCGUAUUUCGUCCAACCGUAAGCAGUAUAACUUUAAUAUUCACUGACAUAAGACCCCACCCACUCCAGGCUGAGGACCAGGCUCAAGCGGCGUACGUCUACCUCCUCCGUUCUUCGAGAUCCGUUUAUUAUCCUGGUCGCCCUUGUUAGGUCGCCGUCGAUCCUAGGUCCGAAGCCUGUCGAGAAGGGGGACAAAGUCUUGAUGAGCGGAACCAUAAGAGCCCGCCCAUCGAAACCGGCAGCAAUUCCUUAACCUGGAAUUGAGAUGCUUCCUUUGCAUGAUUCUCUGCCGCACAACAUCCGACAAGGUUAGUUAUCCUUUCGUUUCAUUUCAUUUAUCCCCGUUGCCUUAUUUUUCUUUCUACAUCGUCCCGUCUCUGACGUCGGGAGACGAGGAAGGACGUUUUCUAUGAAACGAACGAAGGUUUAGGUUUCCUCGACGAUGAUCGAGGAUUAUAGGCAGGCUAAUUGUUAUGGAUCGUUCGAUUUAGGGGAUAUAUUCUUACGAUGGUACUUUUGUUUUUUUUUAUACAGAAAAGAAAUCAUGAUUUAUAGAAUUAGGUGAAACAUUCCUCGAUUUAACAUUGACCACGAUCCCCUGAAACGUUCUACGGAUCCGUACGAAGAGCAUCUUGUAUCAACGAUGCUUCCCUUCCGAUGAUUAUAUUUUUCACGACGAAAUGUCACAGAGAGUGAUGCGACAAUAGCAAUGCUAGCCCUUUUCAAGUAUUAUAUUGGCAGUGGUAGGUAGUUUAGGACACCGACUGAUGUACAAUUCCUUUCCACCGUCAACAUUUUUUUUUUACCGAAAUCGCAAUUGGUCGAACUUUGAUCGGCGUACAUCCGAACGCGAUUUGUUGAUAGGAAAGGAUGCAAUUUUAUUUUUCGUUUUCCCGAUGUAGGGGUGCGCGGGUAUCCGGAAAUUCGGGUGAUGAUUUAUAUCUCGAACGCAAUGUCGUCUGUCGAGUUGAGUUUCGAAUCUCGAGUCGGGUUCGGGUUCCAAAAUUACAGCUAUACGAAUGAAUUCACGCGUUGACCCGAGGCUCGGGUACCCGAAUCUUCGGUACCGCGGGCGCGAAGUUACAUCGAAUCGUCCCCGUGAGAAAGGGACUCACUUGAAAUAGACAAAUGACCAGCCAAUAAAUUCGUUGUACAUACAGAACGUUUGUUAGAGUAGUUCGAUUGAGAAAAUGAAAAAAAAAAAACAUUAGUAGAAGUUGCUCGUGCAUUUUCGCACCGAGGCAUCAUCAGUUUUGUAAAUAUACCCAGAGAUCAUAAAUACCGUUGUCCUUUUUGUAAAUAACUGAGAAUAGUUGGACGACGCACGGAGCGGCCGACGAUAAGGUUUUCGCGCGUAGAAACUUCGACUUAUUUUCCAUGAUCCGUGUACAAAUGGUCUCUCACCUUGUACAUACAUAUACAUAUAUAUAUAUAUAUAUCAUAGUAUACAUACAUAUAUUUUUUUUAUCGAUCACGAUCUCUUCAACAUUUUUACGUAUGACACCUACGCGACCUCAGUAAACGUAACGUCGUCGAUUAUUCGUUUUUUUGUUUCUUUGAAAAUUUUUUUUUUUUUUUUUUUUAUUGUUCAGUUCUGCUUUUUUGUGUACAAUGGAAUGUGAGAGUGUAACGUGUUUAGUGUAAUUAAUUAAUCAUGGCAGGAAAUCGAUUCGAUCGCUCGCUUAGGAUCCAAAUUUCAGCUUCUGCUCUUUGCAUCGAUCGAUGAAAUUCAUCGAUCUUGAGAGUAUAGAUUGUAUAGAAUUUUAGUAGAGAAUUAGUUAGACUUGAGAUAAUGAAUAAUUGUAUUUGUUCUUUCAUUUCUUUUUCUGUUUUUAAUUGCCGAAUCACGGCAGACGACUUUAGCGAGCCAUAAAUUCUCCCAAUCGUAGGUAGAUACCAGCCAUCGUCCCACCCCCUAUCCCUCCCCUAAGACGAUUUAUUUUUGUAAAACGUGUGUCGGUUCUAAUUUGCGCGAAGCGCUGUUCUCUUCAGCGUAACGCGACAGGUGGCAUAUAUCUAUACAUACAUUUACGAACUUCUUAUCAUAGAUUGUGAUAUUUAACUAAUUAGCGAAAAUUUAUUCUAAAUCGUGCGUGUGCGUUAGCGAAAGGGGGAGAAAUAUUUGGACGGGCGAAAAGAGGCGGGAUGUAUGAUCUUUGAAGAGGGGAAAAAAGAUUUAUAUUAGGGGUGUGGGAGGAGCCAAAAUCCCUAUGGGAUGGUUGGAAUGGGUGAAAGGGUUGAGUUUGGUAAUAUAAAAAUUUUGGAAAAUUCAUAUUAUUUUCUUGGAAUAAUUCUUAUUUAAUUCUACCCUGGAUUAGAAAUAUUUAACCCUUUUGGCACUGUAGGCUAUAGUCAUCUAAUGCAAAAUUUUUUAUUGCAAAGAAAAUUUCAUGGUAAAAAUAAUUUUAUUUCUAUUUUCAAAAAACAUUUUUCAACCCAAUUAGACCCACUAUUUUGAAGUCCUCCCAGCCCCUAAUUUAUUUGCGCUUAAAUCCGGCUACGAUUUUCGCCGCUCCCGUAGAAAAAAUAAAAUUUCCGCUCUGUGUAUCGUGUUUGUAGCGUUUUCAGAGUUCUAUUGUUGAGUUCUGCUUUAGACGCUGAGGUCUAGUGAGCGAAAUGAAAGAGAUAUAUGCUAUAGGUGAAAAAAUGAAAAGAGAAAAUUAAUUUUGAAAUAGGGAAAAAGACGAGCCGACGAAGGGACGUUGAAUUUCAUUUCGUUACCGCGCAGUAUAAACAUUAUUAUUACCCGCUAUUACUCGAGACGAUAACGUGGUGUCCAGUCGGUUCACCGCCAUGUUUGUUCCUUGGAGGAUCAAUGAGACGAUGAUUGAUCGAUAGAUCUGAAUAUAGUGUAAUAUAUGCCUCACUUUGAUCAAUAGUAAACGACUAUAUCGCCUUAUAAUCGUAAUCAUGAAUUUUGCCUUAAGAAUUAAUUUAGUAACCAUUGAAGACUAUUGUGAGAGUGUUUCGAAGAGUAGACCGUGGAUGUUUGUGCAAAACGUGCACGAAAAUUUGAUAAAUUUCAUUUAAAGGUUAAAGUUAUAAAAUUUUGCAAUUGGUAUCUUUAGACACCGGGGAAUUUAAAAUCUACAUAUACGUUUGUAUAAAUAUCUACUGUUUACUCGUAUCAAUAAACAAUCGAAUCAUCGUCGAUGAAGAGACAGCAAUAAUGAUUAUUGAGAAAAUAGGCAGCGAACCGACGAGACUGAAUCGUUUCUUACGUCCGUUUACUGAUCUUCUCGGCUACCUGAAACCGUGAUAAUUUGUACAUAAAUCGCGUAAGCAAUUACCCGUGUACCUAUGGUAUCGACGAAACCUCUACAGGUAUAUAUUAUAUAUAUACAUACACACACACACACAUACACAUAUGAUUCUAUCGAAGUUGAAGAAGGGAGGAAAUAUAUUGAAAUAGAAGGCGCUGAACGCUUUAGCCCAAGUGUACCUACCUUUAUUGUAUCUGAAGAACUUUACAUAGGUUACAUUUAUGGUACACGUAAUAUGGUGUGUGAAUAUCUCCUGUACAUAACAAGUGCCCCGUGCAUGCUUGUGGCGCACGAUAUGCUGCGCGCAUGCGCGAAUAUACGUAUGUUCUUUUUUAGAAUACCUACACAGGUGUACGAAAAUAUUUCAACAGCAGAGUGUUCAUAAUUACCUGAUAUGAUUGGUCUUCUUUUUUUAAUAGUUUUGGAAAAUGGAUCAUCGUGUGAUACACGUGAUAUUAUUUAAUAUACUUUGAUUAGUUUAGAAAAUAUUUUAAAUUAGGUUAAGUACUUCCUGGGAUCAUCCUGGGGUUUAUUGGAGUUCUUGGAUUUCCCUUAGAUUUUCCUAGGGUUUCCCUUAGAUUAUCUUAGGAUUUCCCUUGGAUUUUCUUAGGAUUUUCCUUGGAUUUCCUAGGGUUUCCUAGAUUUUCUUAGGAUUUUUCUUGGAUUUCGCUUAGGCUUUCCUAAGUUUGCCCUUAGAUUUUCCUAGGAUUUCCUUUCGAUUUUCUUAGGAUUUUCCUAGAAUCUCCCUGGAUUCGUCCUUAGAAUUUCCCUAGGAUCUCCUUGAGUUCUGCCUUAGAAUUUUCUUAGAAUCUCCCAGGGAUCCUAGGGUUCCCUAUAACCAAAAUCAGAACAGUCGUUCUAGUUUAUUUCUAGAUUUCACAAUUUCUUCAACUAAGAAUCUUUACAGUUAUUCUAAUGUACCCUAAACCUUUAAAUGCCUAAUUUAAUGAACAUACUGCUGUUCGAACGAUUUUAUGCACCAUUGUACGUACCACGUGUUAGUGUUCAUCGAUCGAUGUUGUUUUUCAACGAAGUUUCGAGCGGUUCGACGGUGUGCAAUAACAACCGCUAGAACAAUGGUAACAAUAAAGAAACUCAGAAAUGCUGUAUGCCGACGAAAUAGAAAAUCGAUCGAUUCAAUCACGUAUUAAUCGUUCAAAGGAACAUUUUUUUUUUUAUUUUUUACUAAGCAAUAAUACAAACAGUCCACGGUUAAGCGAGUGCACAGCAAUAAUAAUUCUAAUUAUUUCUAAUUAGAUUUCUCGCAAGUAUUAUACAAAGACAUUUAUCGUUGGCUUACAGUAUAAAAAAUCAGUUUCUCCGGUAAAUUAUAAGUUUCGUUGCGUGUUUCUAUGGGAAAAAUGAUCGGGAUAUUGCUUUUGUACGAAGUUUUAUCGUUUCAGUUUUGCUUGGAACCGUUCGAGACGCGCGUUAGUAUUCUUCGUUUCUUUUCGAUGGUUAGUUAACGAAUCCGCGUGAAAAAUUGGUGCGUUGGACUCGUGGUGGCUCGCAUAAGACUGAGUACGCUUAGAAACAAGAGAAAAAGAAUAUUGUAUCUUCUUGUCGAAUAAAAAGUAAUCUCUCAAAAAGGUGAAUCAGCGAUGAUUUCUUUUUCUAUUGGAAAUUUAGCAAACGUGGUAGUUUCGCGCGACAGAAGUACGAUGCUUUUUCUUUUUUAUUGUUCCACGUACAAAUCGCUCGUCCGUUUUGUCCGAGGCACUAUCAUUUCACGCGGACGAAUCUAAUAGAUACACGUUAGAACAGCUCUGACUUCGUUAAUGACGCAACAAGAUACAACAAGAUAUACUUUGUGGCAUUUAAUUUAAAUAUACGUUUUAUAUUUAUUUGUAAAUUGAUUUUGUUCAUUCAGUCCGUCACCCACCAUCCGCUUCUUCUUCUUCUUCUUCUAUGUGCGUCUUUGUUCGAUAUUAUAAAAUUGUAAAUUAGAGAUAGGACAUUAUUAGAUUAGAAAUUUUCUGUAUACGUUGCUUGUAAUUACCUGGUCUGUUUUGAUUAAUUAAUGAACCUUCUUCAUUUCAUAUUACCAUUUGAUUAUUUCCAAAACUAUGAUAGUUAGAAGGAUAUUUUUCAAAUAAAAUACGUAUAAAAAUUACCUAGAUUAAGAAAAAAAUUGCUACAGUUUUGGAUGAUCUACAGUAAGACGCAUAUGGUGCGUCACCCAUUGGUUAACUUAGGACGCACAAGGUGCGUCAUUAAAUAUAGAAUGAUCCACUUGACUAUUUGAGAUCAUGGCUCUUUUCUAAGUGCAAUUAGACAAAAAAUAAAUGAUUUAAAAAGGAUUAUAUUAAAAUGCAAUGUUUAUAAAAUCAAUAGUGUCAUUAAAGCAACUAUCAUUGCAAAUUCCAUUGAUCGAUCAAAACAGACUGGUAUCCGUUACAUAUCAUUGAUAGGAAGAGAAGAAAUUAAUUAAAUAAUCAUACAGCUGUUUGUUUCCUCGUAUUUUUUCUGUAUCAUAGUUGAAAAGCUAGAGAAACAUCGCGCAAACGGAGUUCGGUGGCGAACCGUGCUUGAACUUGUUACUUGUACCGUGCCACGUGAAAAUCGAAUUCCAAGCUUGGAAUUAAACCAGCUGAUUGAAAAGGCUCGAGUAAUGCAAUCGCGAUUCCCUAACCACGGUCAAUUCGUCGUGAUUGCGCGUAAUUCGCGAUUCGACGAAAGGGAAGCGAGAAACGCGACGCGUUCCUUCAUCGCGUAUUCUCGACACGAUCGGAACACUGCUUUCCAGACGAAAUAAAGACCGGUCAGGGGAGGCCACGAUUGUUGUUUCGUCGAUGAAACAUUGUUCGAGCAUACGGCGUGCGUAAACGAUCCUCCGCGAUUCUGUGAAAUAAAGCGUCACGUUGAAAUCGAAGGUACAAUGAUCAUUGAAGAGGAAAAGGAUUCUCUGGCAGCUUUUAUUUUUAUCAAUUUGCCAAAUUUUUUUUACGAAUCCUUUAAUUAUCUACGAACGCGACGCACCAGGUGCGUCUUGGAGGAAACGAAGAAUUUUAAUUAAAAUAUUAAAUUUAAUAUUUUAAUUAAAAUUUUAAUAAUAAUUAAUAUUUUAAUUCAAUUUAAUUUUAAUUAAAAUAUAUUAUUUUAGUAGAAAAUGAUUAAUGAAAAUUGGAAUAUUAUUAUAAAAAAUUGUCACCAAUUUACAAUGGGGUUGCGUUACGUGACGCUUUAUUAAUUUUGCUUUCUGUAAUCAUAAGCACUCUAAAUUAUUUUCAACCCAAUUACCCAAUGUCAAAGCGUCAUUUCCUUACAGAAGAAGAAAGAAUCCGCUAGAACGUAAAAUUAGAAAGUAUAUUUAAAAUAGUGUGUCGGUCGCCUUUUGAAAUCGAACGUAGUACACGUUCCUCGACACCUUGCUCCUCACGAAAAAAACGGGACCGGGAUGGAAGAAAAGAAGAAAUGAAGUUAAGGUUUAAAGACUAGCUCGUAAGAGUACGUAUGUACAACUUGUGUAAAUCAUUGUGACAUCCUCUCUGGUUCGAUUCACACCACGCGACUGACUUUGUACAAUACUAUUCGCAUAUGCUCGUCGGGUUAGGGACAGAAAUCAUAACGCAAGACAUGUACAUUCUCCGCGAUAUUUAAUAACGAUAUUUUUUUAUUCAUCCUAUUAUAGAUACACAUCUGAUAUAAGAUAGUUCAUACAGGUUUGGAUGGUGAUAUACUUGGUGAUUUUCAUAAUAAGGCUUCAGGACUUAAGAAUAAUAUUGAUCAUCAUGUUUGGAUCCAAUUAUGCGAAUAAAAUCUAAAUCCUAAGAUAGGAGUCAGAGAAAUCUAAAGGAAAUCCUAGGAAAUUCUAAGAGAAAUCCUAGGAAAACCUAAUAGAAAUCCAAGGGUGAUCCUAAUAAGGGCUUAACCUAAAUUAAAAUAUUUUCUAAACUAAUCAAUUUUCGACCCACGUAAUUAGGCGUUGUAUUCUAAAUUUUCAAAUCUGUUAAUAUUUUAUUUAUCAAAAAUUCCUCAUAACUCUAAAAUUUAAUUUUACAAAAAUCCUGGAGGCUUCUUUUGAAACACCCCGUAUAUUACAGUAAUAUAACAUAGCUCAUACCAUUACAUAGGUCUAUGCAUCUUCUUCGACGUUUAAUCGUAUGCAUCGAUUACAGAGUAAUAGAACUUUAUCGCAUCUAAUCAUCUAACCGAUUACACGAGUACUUAGAUCGUGUAAAUCCAACGGAACGAAUGGGAAAUGCAUCAACAAUAACGAAACUGUUGCAUACCGGGUGUGCCGUGUGCAAAGAUCAUGAAAACGCGUCUAUACGAUCGCUGAUCGUGUGUUACUGUAUUAAAGUAUAACGUUUAACCGGUCGGCGAAUGCUGACACGCGUUCGUGAUCAUAUUUCUCUCAGGUAUUUAGCAUGUUUGUAUCCAACGACACCUUUCUGUAAUAAAUCAUUCGGACAGUGGACGUAAUACCGGAUGUGCCGCGCAGCGGCUCUGUUUCCGUGUUUUCUCUUAGCGGCUUCCACUCGACGCUUCGAUCGCAUGCUCGAGAAACUUGUAGAUUUUUCAAAUAGCUUACAAGAAUUUUUGCAUCGAGCCGCUUUGAAUCGUAAGGGCUUCGACUGGCGGGAGGAAGUUUAUGGGGUUGACGAUUUAUAAAUAGACGAUUCUAUUUUAGAAAUUAUCCGCUAUUCCUCUUGCUAUUCCUGUUAUUCAAAUUUUAACGCUUUCACGAUAUUUCGAGAAGGUUGCUGGAAAAUAUUCAAUUGAAACUUUCAGAUUUUAACAGAAACAUUCGAAAAUUCCAUAGAUUUCCGCUCGUCGGUCAGCGUGGAAAUUGAAAUUUGAUAAAAACGAGGAAAUUCGUAGAUUAAGGAAAACUCUUCGCUCCUAAGGAACGACUUUUACCUAAGAAUUUUCAUACUCUUAACAUUUUUCUGAUUCUCUUCGAUCUAUAUGGAAAUCUUCUGAAAACCAACGAAAACGAAUCCCUCGCUCCAAAGGAGCGAUUUAAUUUUCUCCGAAAUUCUACCAACUCCUAUCUGAUUUCCCUUUCGUCUCGUCACGAGUUUCGUGAAUGAUAAUUACAGUUCUCAGCGUUAAGAGAACCUCCGAUGUUAGUAUAUUUGAUAACACAUUCUUAAAAAAAAAAUAUGAUGAGAUUCGUUCGCAAUCAACGAUCUCAGUUUCAUUCGAAGGCGAAACCAAGCAGUAUUAAGAGCGUUCUUCUUGAUCCAGCAAGAAAGCGGGCUUUGCGACGAUUUUCGGCGCUUGUAACGAGCAACCGGUGUUGUUUAAUUAUUUUGAGAAAUGUGAUAUGAAAUUGAGGGGAUGGAUGUUUAUGGAAAAUUAAAGAGGAUGAGAAAGAAAGGAAUGCAGACGAGUGAAGAGAUCGAGACAGUAUUGUUACACCGUUGAUCGUUAUAUGUGCAUAAAUGCUUCGGAAAUAAAUGAAUCCAAAUCA